GGAUGAAAUAUCCAGACAGUUCUUCGACACUCUACUCCCAAUUUGCAAAGAGGAGCUUGGAGCCGAAUGUAUUGGAGCCUUUUAAGCUGGAUGCUGCUGCUUAUCCUUUCCUCGCUUUCUCUGGCAUCCCCUCGGUCUCAUUUGGAUUCACCUCUGGUAACUUGGAAUACCCGUACUUCGGCACAGAGCUGGACACCAGGGAGAAACUGAACGUGGCUGCGGGCAAUCAGGUUCCUCAGCUGGCAGAAACGGCGGCUCGGUUCGCAGGUCACAUGGUGCUGAGGCUGGUCCAUGAUCACCUGCUGCGUAUGGACGUGAUGAAGUACAACAAUAUUAUCCGCAACCAUGUUGUCCAGAUCAACACCAAAGUCUAUUCUGUUAAGAGGAUGCAGCCCCAGCUGUUGCCCAAGGCCUUGACUGUGCAGUGGUUAAUCUCGGCCUCCGGCUCCUACGGACGCGUGGCUCAGCGGCUGGUGACGGACAUGCAGAACAGUGACCUGGAGGACAUUGAGAUGUGUCGCAUCAUUAAUGACCGCAUAAUGGCGGUGGAAAGGAACCUCCUGUCGCCCUACGUGUCUCCCAGAGACAGCCCGUUCCGCCACAUCAUGCUGGGCUCCGGCCCUCACACCCUCAAGGCUCUUUCCAACCACCUCGAUGGCCUCAAGAACGACCACCCCGAGUCGGACGCCGACCUCUUCCGCAACCAGCUGGCCAUGGCGACAAUUGAGAAAAUUAUACAAUUGAGGCUUCGACUGAAUGGAAUUUUAAUUUCAUUGUUAUCACUCAACACUUGAGUGUUUUUUUCUGUA